GCUUUGGAGGAGCUGGCGAAGCUCGAAUACUUGUCGCUAGUCUCCAAGGUCUGCACCGAGCUGGACAACCACCUGGGCAUCAACGACAAGGACCUGGCCGAGUUUGUGAUAAGUCUUGCUGAGAAGAAUACUACGUUUGACACGUUUAAAGCAGUACUUGUAAAGAAUGGUGCUGAGUUCACUGAUUCUCUUAUUAGUAAUCUGCUACGUCUCAUACAGACAAUGCGACCUCCACCAAAGCCAUCUGCAAGCAAAGAGACAGUUGGCAAACCCAAAUCGGAGAAGGAAAAGUUGAAGGAAUUGUUUCCAGCCCUUUGCAGGCCAGACAAUCCCAACAUCAGGAAUAUGCUGGAUGAAGAUGAUGUGAAAGUGGCAGCUGAUGCACUUAAAGAACUUGAAGCUCUAAUGCCUAGCGCAGACAGGCAAAGCAAGCAAAGGAGCAGUGACCACCGGGCAAAGAAAAAGAGGAAGAGCCGAAGUCAUAGCAGGGACAGGAAACGAAGGCACAGAUCUCGCUCAAGGUCUCGUUCUAGGACUCGAGAUAAGAACAGGGGAAAAUCAAGAUACCGGUCAAGGAGCAGAAGUCAGAGUCCCGGUAGGGACCGCAAGGAUCGAGAGAAGUACAUCGAGAAGAGCAAUGAGAGAUGGAGAGACAAGCACAUAGACCGUCCACCACCUGAGGAGCCUUCCAUUGGAGACAUUUACAAUGGCAAAGUCACAAGUAUAAUGCAAUUUGGAUGCUUUGUGCAGCUGGAAGGACUAAGGAAGCGUUGGGAGGGCUUGGUCCACAUCUCGGAGCUUCGAAGAGAAGGACGGGUUGCAAAUGUUGCCGAUGUUGUGAGCAAAGGACAAAGAGUAAAAGUCAAAGUGUUAUCCUUUACUGGAUCUAAAACCAGCCUGAGCAUGAAGGAUGUUGAUCAAGACACUGGGGAAGACUUGAACCCAAACCGGAGGAGAAACCUGGUUGGUGAAACCAAUGAAGAAACCUCUAUGAGAAACCCGGACAGACCCAGUCACCUGUCCCUGGUGAAUGCCCCAGAGGUGGAGGAUGACAGCCUUGAACGGAAACGCCUCACCCGAAUUUCAGACCCAGAGAAAUGGGAAAUAAAACAGAUGAUUGCAGCUAAUGUGCUUUCCAAGGAAGAGUUUCCUGACUUUGAUGAGGAGACUGGGAUUCUUCCUAAAGUUGAUGAUGAAGAAGAUGAGGACCUUGAGAUUGAGUUAGUUGAAGAAGAGCCACCGUUCCUUCGAGGUCAUACUAAACAGAGCAUGGAUAUGAGUCCCAUCAAAAUAGUAAAGAAUCCAGAUGGUUCCUUGUCCCAGGCUGCAAUGAUGCAGAGUGCUUUAGCUAAAGAAAGACGAGAACUUAAACAAGCCCAGAGAGAAGCAGAGAUGGAUUCUAUCCCCAUGGGACUCAACACACACUGGGUGGAUCCUCUCCCUGAUGUGGAUGGAAGACAAAUAGCUGCAAACAUGCGAGGUAUUGGGAUGAUGCCCAAUGAUAUACCAGAGUGGAAGAAACAUGCAUUUGGUGGCAACAAAGCUUCUUAUGGUAAAAAGACCCAGCUUUCCAUUAUUGAGCAGAGAGAGAGUCUCCCAAUCUUUAGGCUGAAGGAGCAGCUGAUACAAGCUGUGCAUGACAACCAGAUUCUGAUUGUUAUUGGAGAGACAGGAUCUGGGAAAACAACACAGAUUACCCAAUACCUGGCUGAGGCGGGGUACACAUCAAGAGGAAAGAUUGGAUGUACUCAGCCUCGCAGAGUGGCUGCAAUGUCUGUUGCGAAGAGGGUGUCAGAGGAAUUUGGUUGCUGCUUGGGACAAGAGGUUGGCUACACCAUUCGAUUUGAAGACUGCACUAGCCCUGAAACUGUUAUCAAAUACAUGACAGAUGGUAUGUUACUGAGGGAGUGCUUGAUAGAUCCUGAUCUGACUCAGUAUGCCAUUAUCAUGCUGGAUGAAGCCCAUGAGAGGACCAUACAUACAGAUGUGCUCUUUGGACUCCUGAAGAAGACAGUGCAGAAACGGCAGGAUAUGAAGUUGAUAGUGACAUCAGCAACACUGGAUGCUGUGAAAUUCUCUCAGUACUUCUAUGAAGCGCCAAUCUUCACAAUACCUGGCAGAACAUACCCAGUAGAAAUUUUGUACACAAAAGAGCCAGAGACAGAUUAUUUGGAUGCCAGUCUGAUUACAGUAAUGCAGAUCCACUUAACAGAGCCACCAGGUGACAUUUUGGUGUUUCUAACUGGUCAGGAAGAGAUUGACACUGCCUGUGAAAUCCUCUAUGAGAGGAUGAAAUCUCUAGGACCUGAUGUUCCAGAGUUAAUUAUCCUACCAGUAUAUUCGGCUUUACCCAGUGAAAUGCAAACCAGGAUCUUUGACCCAGCCCCACCAGGAAGCAGAAAGGUUGUCAUCGCCACUAACAUUGCUGAGACAUCUUUGACUAUUGAUGGAAUAUAUUAUGUAGUUGAUCCUGGCUUUGUGAAGCAGAAAGUUUAUAACUCCAAGACUGGAAUUGACCAGCUGGUUGUUACACCGAUUUCACAGGCUCAAGCAAAGCAGCGAGCAGGAAGGGCUGGGAGAACAGGACCAGGAAAAUGCUAUAGGUUAUAUACAGAGCGUGCUUAUCGAGAUGAAAUGCUAACCACCAAUGUGCCUGAAAUCCAGAGAACUAAUUUGGCCAGUACCGUACUUUCCCUGAAGGCUAUGGGCAUCAAUGAUUUGCUCUCCUUCGACUUCAUGGAUGCUCCCCCAAUGGAAACUCUCAUAACUGCCAUGGAGCAGCUGUAUACCCUGGGAGCUCUGGAUGAUGAGGGACUGCUCACUCGACUUGGGCGCAGGAUGGCAGAAUUCCCCUUGGAGCCUAUGUUGUGUAAGAUGUUGAUCAUGUCUGUACAUCUGGGAUGCAGUGAGGAAAUGUUGACAAUAGUCUCCAUGCUGUCUGUACAGAAUGUGUUCUACAGGCCAAAGGAUAAACAAGCACUUGCUGAUCAAAAGAAAGCCAAGUUCCAUCAGACAGAAGGUGACCACCUCACUCUGCUGGCUGUGUACAAUUCCUGGAAGAAUAAUAAGUUUUCAAAUCCCUGGUGCUAUGAAAAUUUUAUCCAGGCCCGAUCCUUACGCAGGGCACAGGACAUCCGCAAGCAGAUGUUGGGCAUUAUGGACAGGCACAAGCUGGAUGUGGUAUCCUGUGGGAAGGCAACAGUUCGAGUCCAGAAGGCCAUCUGUAGUGGCUUCUUCAGAAAUGCAGCGAAGAAGGAUCCCCAGGAAGGUUAUCGGACACUCAUUGAUCAACAAGUAGUCUACAUCCACCCAUCCAGUGCUCUAUUCAACAGGCAGCCAGAAUGGGUGGUGUAUCAUGAACUGGUGCUGACCACCAAGGAAUAUAUGCGUGAAGUGACAACUAUUGAUCCUCGCUGGCUGGUGGAAUUUGCACCAGCUUUCUUCAAGGUUUCUGAUCCAACCAAGCUCAGCAAACAGAAAAAGCAGCAGCGGCUGGAACCCCUGUACAAUCGCUAUGAGGAGCCCAAUGCUUGGAGGAUAUCACGUGCAUUCAGACGGCGAUGAGCCUAGUUCCCUCAUGGACUCUUACUGGUUUUGUAUUUGUGGGACUGUAACUUUUGCACUGUUGCAGGUGUCCUGAAAGAAAGGACAUUCAAUUGAAGCUUACCUACAGAAUGAAUAGAAAAUAAGUAUUUCCAGAGCAAAAGCACAAGGGGGCGAUGUCUGCUCAUUUCAGCUACCCUUCAGACUCCACAGCUGCAUGAUAAAUGUCUUGGGUCUCCUCAGUGUGUUGCAUCAUCUCAAAAAUGGUUCUUGAAGCACUUCUUUAGUCACUCCUCUUUUAAGAGACAAAAACCUAAGACUGUAUCUGGGUACUGAGCUGAACAACAACAAAAAGGUAAUGAUUGAAAAAUAGUUGCUCACCAACCUAACUGUGUUCUGAAUGACCAGACAAAUAGAGGCUGGAAUAGUUUAUUUCUUUACCCUGCUAAAAGGGAUUUAUUUCUACUUAUGCUCUUGGACAGUGGCUGUUUUUUGGGAGCUGCUUGUUCUCAAUUUUUCCUAUUUUAUGCAUUUUCCUGUUCAGUGUAACUAUUUGUCUUUUAUGCAAGCCAUCUGUGGUGAGAUAUUUAGUAUCUGUGGCUUUGGGAUAAGGCAGGAAAGAUCCCUUGAAACCCAGCUAGAAUAUCAGUUAUACUUGGACAAUGGUACAGGUCAGACUGCAAGUCUUAUCCUUCAUCACCAUCUCCUGUGUGCUGAAGGCUAGUAUAUCAAACGGUAAUUAACCACAUCCACUCUGUAGCACGGCUCUGUCUGUGAACAUAAGUGGUUACAGAUGUUUAGACUUUCUAUGCAAUGUGUCAUGUGUUUUAUUUCCACUUACAAUGUUUGCUAACAUCACAACUGUUGGGUUUUUUAAUAGAAUAUGCUCUUACAGCUAAAAUGUCUGUUACAUUGUGUAACAGUUCCUUGUUUGAAAAGAAAUUGACUAUCCAGUGUGUGCUGUGUUGUGCUGAAGCUAUCUGUAAACUAUUUUUUCUCUUGCAGACAGAUGAAACUUAUUUGACUCCAUAGCUGCAGAUACCCUUUUUCUUCCCCAAAGCUGGGACAUUUGCUAAAAUUAUUGUCGAAAUGAGUAGAAUGAAGUGGGCUGGUUGUUUUACACUCAAUGAAUUUGAAGAAUGUUUCAUACUGAAAAGUAGUUAUAUUGGAAAUUUGUGUCUGUGUACAAAGGUGGGCAGGGAUGUUGUAUGUACUGUUUUAUUAUGUUGUAUAAAUGCCCUGAGCUUUCCCAUGGUGUUACAUCUUCAUAAAGUUAAAUAGAAUUAGAAAGUUCAUAAGUUUGGAGGCUUUUGGAGGCAGAGAAGGUUGUCCUAUUGAAUACUCUUCCAAGCAUAUUUUCCUUCCACGAACUCUGCAGCUGCAUCUGUUACUGUUUUCUAUGAAAAUUUGCACUUGACUUUCAAAAGUCAAAUGAAGGAUGUAAAAGAGAAAAUGUACACAGUGGAAGUCCCAGUUGUACAGCAUACUUUGAGGUAUUUCUGUUCCAAAUUAAUUUUGUAUUUGCUUCUCUAGUGUAGCCUCCUCUUUCUGACUUGUGGUAAGGGGAAAUGCAUCAACAGAGAGGAUUUUCUUUUUUUAAAGUGAACAAUGGUGUGUGUUAUUUGUUUCCUUGGUGUAAUUUUUUCAGUAAUAUCCUUUAAUUAAUUUAC